GACUAUGUAGUUUUGAAAAAUCAACAGGGAGAAUAAGGGUGUGAUAAUCGACUGCAUGUCAUCUUUUGGAAAGCACGUAUCUUAUACGUCUCUAUGUGUGUCUGCUACAGACCCGUGUAUAACAAGAGAAUCCAUACGUCAACCAAGGCCAGAUUGAAUAAUCCCAACGCUUCUCCUUCCCAAUCCCUACAAUAAGUUAGCAAAAGGUGGAAAAUGUUAAACGGAGAAACACCAUUGCCGCAGAAUGGACACCGGAGAAACUCCAUGGCUGCUAUCACUGGUGAGGCAGAAGCAGAAGCACCAGGGGUGGUAUUUGUUCAUGGCAGCCCACCGUUUGGCCUCCCUUUCAAGGACCGGUUACUGAGUCGGUUCCAACUCAUCCACAUGUCUGAGUUACCUGAAUCCUCCCACGUCAAGGUCAUGCUCUGCAUGGAUCACACUCCGGUCACCUCCCAGACUCUAUAUAAACUCCCUUCACUUGAGUGCAUCGUGGCAUCAAGCGCUGGCGUUGACCACAUUGACCUCACGACUUGCCGCCUCCGUGGGAUUGCGGUCGCCAACGGCAGUCAGGCUUUCUCUGAGGACGUGGCUGAUUACGCCGUCGCCCUCUUGAUGGAUGUCCUCAGAAAGAUUUCGGCGGGCGAUAGGUAUCUGCGCUCCGGUUUGUGGUCCACGAAGGGAGAUUAUCCGCUUGGUUGGAAGCUAGGGGGAAAGCGAGUUGGAAUUGUGGGACUGGGGAACAUUGGCUCUGAAGUUGCCAAAAGGCUCGUGGCCUUUGGCUGCGCCAUUGCCUACAACUCCAGGAAGAAAAGGUCAUCUGUUUCAUUCCCAUACUACGCAGAUGUGUGCGACCUCGCGGCUAACAGCGACAUUCUCGUUAUUUGUGGUGCAUUGACAAGUGAAACCCACCACAUAAUCAACAAGGAUGUGAUGACAGCACUGGGGAAGGAAGGAGUCAUCAUCAACGUUGGCCGUGGAUCUCUCAUUAAUCAGAAGGAACUGGUGCAGUUUCUGGUGGAAGGUCAGAUUAGAGGUGCGGGGCUUGAUGUGUUUGAGAAUGAACCCAUUGUGCCUAGAGAACUACUUGAGUUGGAUAAUGUUGUGUUGUCUCCACAUAAUGCUGUUGUGACACCAGAAGCCUUUGAAGCUAUGCAAGAGCUGGCCAUAUCCAACUUGGGGGCCUUCUUCUCUAACAAACCUCUGCUAUCACCUAUCUAGCAUGUCACUGUUAGGAAUGGCUUGAGGUGGGCAUUUUUGGGCCAGAUGGAGAUUACCCUUACAGAAAAAGGGAUAGGAAGCUGGUAGAUAACAAACUCAAUUAUGCAAUAAGCAUACAUCAGGCCACCUAAUGAGGAAGGGUUUGGAAUGGGGAGACAGAAUAUAUAUCCAUAGGUAUAUAUAUGAGGCCACUUAAGUUUAGAUGAAUGAGUGAUUCAAAAUGAGAUGAAACAAUGCUCCUACCCGCUCCUCCAAAUAGAGACAAUGGGAUUAUGAUUAUUGUAAUUUUUCUAAAAAAAAUGUGAAUAAUUAUUCUUCAGAUGGGCAAUUUGAAAA